UCACACAAGGAAGGUGGACCUGUAAUGGAAACCCCAGCCCGUUAUCCUAUUCUGUUUACACUGCUCCUUUUUUCCCUAUAAAUGGAGCUCCCGACUCCACCGCUACUUCACACUCACAGCGCCAUGAAAUCCACCAGUUCAAUCUUGCUGAUCAAGCUCUUCAUUCUGCAAUGCUCAUUGUCGCUUCUGUGCGUUGCCGUUGCGCAGCAAGAUUUUGAUUUCUUCUACUUUGUGCAACAGUGGCCGGGAUCGUACUGCGACACAAAGGCGAGUUGUUGCUAUCCGACGACGGGAAAGCCGGCGACAGAUUUCGGCAUUCAUGGACUCUGGCCGAAUUACAAGGACGGAUCUUACCCCUCGAACUGCGAUCCUGAUAGCCACUUCAAUCGAUCCCAGGUAUCGGACUUGAUCAGCAGAAUGCAGAGGAGUUGGCCGACGCUGGCGUGCCCGAGGGGAGAUGGCUCGUUGUUCUGGUCGCACGAAUGGGAGAAACACGGGACCUGCUCCGAGUCCGUUCUUGACCAGCACCACUACUUCAAAACAGCUCUCAAUUUGAAAGAAACCCUCGGCCUCCUCCCAAUUCUCCAGUCCGCAGGAAUCAACCCGGAUGGAGGAUCCUACAGCUUAAGCAGGAUCAGAGGAGCCAUAAAAGAUGCACUUGGCUUCACUCCGUGGAUCGAAUGCAAUGUUGACGCAUCGGGCAACAGCCAACUGUACCAGGUUUACGUAUGCAUUGACAAUCAAGGAUCAAACACCAUUGAAUGCCCGGUGCUUCCCACCGGCAGCAAAUGUGCUUCCACCGUGCAGUUUCCUUCCUUCUAGAGUAGAGCAGGUUUCACGGCUGCGGCACGGCACGGCACAGCAAAGGGUGUCAAAACGUUCACUCCACUUGUGACGGGGACUUGACAAUCACCAGACGUCAGAAAACAUAACGAAACCCAAAAAGAAACUGAAAUAAAUUGUAUUUCCAGUCAUAUUUAGUAUCUGCUUCUCCACUUGUGAUGUGGAUCUGAUGAUACAUGGGCUUGAAUAUGUUUGUAUUGAGCGGAAAAUAUGAGAUUUGAAAAAAAAAAAAAAAGUGACAUAUAAAAAAUAUUUUAAAUAAAAAUAAUUUCUAUUAUAUUUAACAA